AGUAAUCAGUUGGCUCGCGAUGUUGGAAAAGAAAAAGUCGGGCGUGGAAGUAGACAUAAAAUAGUUUUGAAACUUCUGUUCGAUAUCCCACUGAGUUUGAAAUAAAAAGAAUCUUGCUAAAAACCAAAACGAAACAACACCUAUAGAAGACAAGAAGAAGAAGACAAAAAUAACGAAAACAACAACUGAAAGAUAUUUCUUUUAAAGUUAUUUUCUCUUAUUUGUGUUGCAAAAAAAGGAAAAAUAAUACAACAAGAAAAACAGCAACAGCGACAGAGGAAAGGAAAACAAAAUCAACAAAAAUAGCAAAUCAAAAUGGCGCACCAACAACUCGCCUCUGUGAAUUGUCCAUUGGACGAUAUCGAUUUAGCUGCUCUAAGGGAUCCUGCUGGUAUAUUCGAACUUAUCGAAGUCGUCGGUAAUGGCACUUAUGGUCAAGUCUAUAAGGGUCGACAUACAAAAACUGGUCAAUUGGCUGCCAUAAAAGUGAUGGAUGUCACCGAAGAUGAAGAAGAAGAAAUCAAAUUAGAAAUAAACGUCUUAAAGAAAUACUCAAAUCAUCGGAACAUAGCUACAUAUUAUGGUGCUUUCAUCAAGAAAUCGCCGCCGGGCAAAGAUGACCAACUGUGGCUGGUCAUGGAAUACUGUGGUGCUGGUUCAGUUACCGAUCUAGUUAAGUCAACAAAAGGACAAAGUCUCAAAGAAGAAUGGAUUGCAUACAUAUGUCGCGAGAUUCUGCGCGGUCUGGCCUAUCUGCACUCGAACAAGGUUAUACAUCGUGAUAUCAAGGGUCAGAAUGUCCUGCUCACCGAUAAUGCCGAAGUGAAACUGGUCGAUUUCGGUGUGUCGGCACAGUUGGAUCGUACAAUAGGCCGGAGGAACACAUUCAUUGGUACACCCUAUUGGAUGGCGCCCGAGGUAAUAGCGUGCGAUGAAAAUCCCGAGGCCACCUAUGACAAUCGUUCCGAUUUGUGGUCACUGGGUAUAACGGCACUGGAAAUGGCCGAAUCACAGCCGCCACUGUGUGAUCUACAUCCAAUGCGUGCUCUCUUCUUGAUACCACGUAACUCUCCGCCACGCUUGAAAUCGAAUCGAAAGUGGUCCAAGAAAUUUCAAAGUUUUAUAGAUACAGUGUUAGUGAAAGAUUAUCAUCAGCGGCCUUAUACCGAACAAUUGCUUAAGCAUGCUUUUAUCAAGGAUCAACCGACAGAUCGUCAAGUGCGCAUACAACUGAAGGACCACAUCGAUCGCUGUAAAAAACGCAAACAAGAAAAGGAACGCGAAGACUACCGCUACUCGGGCUCGGACAAUGACGAUGAUGAUACACAGAUUGCUGGUGAACCAAGUUCAAUUAUCCAAGCACCGGGUGAUACAUUGCGUCGCAAUUUCCAACAGAUUCAGGAGGGUCGAAUUGCUGCCGAACAACAGCAGCAGCAGCAACAAAUGGCCGCAGUGGCAGCAGCUCAAGCGGCAGCUGCCCAGGCACAAGCUGCACAACAGCAGCAACAACAACAGCAACAGGCACAAGCUCAACAGCCGCAGGCGAAUCGGAAUCAGAAACCACCAUCGCGUGAUCAGCGUCAACAAAUCGAGGAACCCGGACCACCAUCACGUCCAGCAUUACCUCAACGUCUCAUUGUUGUACCAGAUCCUCCACAUGCCAAUCGACCAUUGCCACCAACACCGAAAAGUUCAGAGUCCUCGUCCGCCGCACAAACUCCACAGCAACAGCAGCGUAAUUCACAAAAUAAUUUCAAGCCAUCGUUACCACCAAGGAGACCUGAGGAUUUGGAUAUGAUAGCAGCACAACUAAAUGAAUUGGGCGUCUCUCAACAGCCUCAACCGCAGACCGCAUCGGCAGCCACAUCUUCAUUUGCCCAGCAAUCAGCCCAACCUGAAGCACCACCACGUAAUAAUCGCCAAUCGGGCGGACCACCAUCAGGGUCGGGCAAGCCAGCAGCCCCGCUACCCACAUCGGGCAAUAAUCAUCAUCAUGUGGCAGUUUCAAAUCCUCUGGAUCCAUUGGAUAGCAGUGAUUCGGAUAGUGAACCAGAUGAGCCCAAUGAUCGUGGUCGCAAUGACGGUACUCUCUUGGCCAGUGAUCCCCCAAAACCACUGCCUGGCCUGGUGCCAGUAUCAGAGGAUUCCUCAUCAACGCCCAUUACCCAUGGCAGCGGUGGACCACCAAAUCGCCCCUUACCUCCCACACCAGAUGAUGAUGACCAAGCCGGCGAUCGUACAUUGAUAAUGAAAAGGAAAUUCGAAAAUCAAAAUCGUUUACAAAAAUCCGCUUCGACAUCUUGUGCCAAUCGUCCGAAAAAUGAGUUGCGUGAUGUUGCUCUCUUGCGGGAAUGGGAUAUUGAGAAAUUCUUUCCAAAACAAAGUGCCAGCAGUGGAGCAGGAGGAGGAGGAGGAGCGGUUGGCUCAAAUGACAAUUUAUCAGCGGCUGUUACAACAGGUGUCUCCAGUAGUCUUUCACGGGUGCCAAGUAGUUCAAAUAGUAGUACUCUAAAGGCCGAUAGCAAACUACAACGAUGCAGUAUGGCUGAGGUGCCGAGCUCAAGACAAACGCCCAAAGGCUUCCAGCCAAUAAAGACAGGUGCUCAACAAGCCCAGACCAAAGAUCAAACUCGAGCCUCAAUGAUGUCAGUUUCCAGUAGAACUAAGGCGAGCUCAACUAAUGGCUCAAAUAAUAAUAGUAGUAAUAAUAAUAACAACAACAACAAGUCUUCCCCAACAUCAUCGACGUCCUCGUCAGCGUCGCCAGCUAACACAAAUGCCUUAAGAAGUGCCAAUAACAAUGCCACGCAUAAACGGCAAGAGUCCGACUCAAAAUUGCCACAAAACUUCAUACGCGGAUUCCGGCGCGAAAACUCGGAUUUCUUCCCCUUAACCAAACGCCAUUCAGCAGUGCUGGUCAACACAAAUCUAUUGCAGCAGCAACAACAACAAUCAUCGCCUUUUGGCUCAGCAGCCCAGAGAGCCAGUGCCAUGAUACCCCGAAACAACAGUAUAUUCAAUAAUAAUAAAAAUGAUUUGAAUAAGAGCGCCAAAGAGACGAAUUCCGCCGCCAAUAAGUCAACACAAAAUGCCAAUGCAAAAAGUUCGGGAAGUACCAGUGGUUCGACCACUGCCAAUGCGCCCAAUAAGACUAGCUGGACUAGUAAUUUAGAUUUCUUGCGUCCUCGUCGUGAAAAGACUGAAUCGGUUAUUGUUUUUCAAAACUCCGCGGCCAGGCAACAGCUUUUUGCCCAACAACUGGUACAACAGCAACAAAAACAACAUCAGCAGCAGAAUCGUAAUACGGAAAAUCUUGGUACACCCGGUACACGCACCAGCAGUGUUUUACCCGAUUUGCUUAGUCAAGCUUCGCCAGCAACUCCGCCACGUCACGACAAAUCAUCCAGUGAAGAGUAUCAGGCGGCCAUCAACUCAUCCGUGCAUUCCACACCCUCGAAAUCGUUUAUUGGUGGUUCGAAUAACUCACCUCAAUCGACGAUUUCGUUGCAUUCGUCUUCAUCGCGUCAAAACAGUCCCAAAAAUUCGAUUAGCAAAACUCGCUCUUCCAGUAGCAUUACUAAUUUGUUGCACAAAUCUGCUUCUUCUUCCAAUGCAUCGGCGGCCGCUUUGCCCGUUCCUCCCUAUGCCCUACAACAGAAACAGCGUAGUUUUCUUACAUUUGGUUUUGGUGCUGGCGGCUCGGGACCAUCGAGACGUGAAUCACAUGUGAAUGUCAAUGUUACACCCACAUCGCACGAGGCAUCCAGUGAUACGCCCGAGAUACGCAAAUACAAGAAACGUUUCAACUCGGAAAUAUUGUGUGCCGCCCUGUGGGGUGUAAAUCUAUUGAUAGGUACUGAAAAUGGUUUAAUGUUAUUGGAUCGUUCCGGUCAAGGCAAGGUUUACCAACUGAUAUCACGUCGUCGUUUCCAACAGAUGGAGGUAUUAGAAGGUCAAAAUAUCUUGGUAACCAUAUCGGGUAAAAAGAAUCGUGUUCGUGUCUAUUACCUAUCCUGGCUCAAAUCGAAAAUCUUAAGAACCGAUGGUUUAUCUGAUCAAGUUGAACGACGCAAUGGUUGGAUAAACGUUGGCGAUCUACAAGGUGCUGUACAUUUUAAAAUUGUUAAAUACGAAAGGAUUAAGUUCCUAGUGAUUGCAUUAAAAGACUCAAUAGAAAUUUAUGCCUGGGCUCCCAAACCAUAUCAUAAAUUUAUGGCAUUUAAGAAUUUCGGUGAAUUGGAACAUCGUCCCUUGUUAGUUGAUCUUACCAUUGAAGAUCAAUCUAGACUGAAGGUUAUCUAUGGCUCAGCUGAGGGCUUUCAUGCAGUUGAUUUGGAUUCAGCUGAAGUAUACGAUAUUUAUCUUCCUAAGCAUACUCAGGGUGCAAUCAUUCCUCAUUGUAUUGUAGCUCUUCCAAAUUCAAAUGGUAUGCAGUUAUUAUUAUGCUACGAUAACGAAGGUGUUUAUGUGAAUACAGUAGGACGUGUGUCCAAAAAUAUUGUGCUACAGUGGGGUGAGAUGCCUACAUCAGUGGCAUACAUUGGAACUGGACAAAUUAUGGGCUGGGGCAAUAAAGCAAUAGAGAUACGCUCGGUUGAAACGGGUCACUUGGAUGGUGUCUUCAUGCAUAAAAAAGCGCAACGUUUGAAGUUUUUGUGCGAACGCAAUGACAAAGUAUUCUUCAGCAGUGCCAAAGGUGCUUCAUCGUGUCAAAUCUACUUCAUGACUCUCAACAAACCAGGCAUGGCGAAUUGGUAACAAAUAUGGUCCAUAGAUCAAACUAUGAAAAAACAACAACAAUAACAAUAGCUUCAUUAGGCAGUAAAACAUCCAACUACCUAUUAUUACCAUUUGACGUCUGUCUGUCGGUCGGUCGUUUGAUUUGUACCCCACUUGUAGUAUCACUGUUAUUUCGAAUUGUUACUACACUUCUACAUGAAAACCAACCCCGCUUCUUAUGGAACAAAUUAGAGAACUGAACAAAAGUAAAAAAAAAAAACAGAAUAAUGAUACGAUCAUGUUGUAGGGAAUGAAUGAGUAUUUUUUUGUGUGUAUUUUCUUCUUUAUUACAAUUAUUAUUACUAUUUUUAAUGGGAGAAAAAAAAAACAAAUGUAUAACCCUGUCGAAAUGUGGAUUAUAAUGAUUUUGAGUAUUGAGAAAAUCAUUUAUUUUAUAUCAUUAUUAAUUUUUAUUGAAAGAAAAUAAUUAAAACUUAGUCUUAAGUUGAAAAACGAAAAACAGAAAAGAAAAUCAACAAUUUAUAUUGAUAUAUAUAAUGAAAAAAAUGGAAGAUAUAAAGAAAAAAAAACGAAACGAAAGUGCCGAUGCACAUUUUUCAAAGAACGCUAACCUACAUGAAUUUGAAUAGCAUAAAAAACAGUGCAAAGGUUCAAUGGUUCGUGGAAGUAUAUAUAAAUAUGAAAAUUAAACAAGUUUUUACAAUAAUAUUAUUGAAAAAAGAAGAGAAGAGUAUAUACCCCAGAUUUAAAUCAGGUUUAUAAAACUAUAUUAAAUAUAAACAAAUAAAUUAAAAAAAAAAAAAAAAAAACAUAAUAAGAAAUCAAACGCCCCGCCCUUCAUGUAUUAAUUAGAUGAACUGAAAUUCAACUUGGAAAUGUACUGUACUAUGCGCCACAUCAACAGCCUAAACAAAAGUGAAACAAAAAAGCAAUAAUUGAAAAGAUUUGAUUGUUAAAUGUAAAAUACUUUGAUUAGUGACACUUCCGAUGCAUGUGUUUGAAGAAAGAUAGGUUAAAUAUGUCUGUUCUUCUUUUCAACUACUUUAAAAAGAUUGUAUUUGUCUAGUCGCAUCAUGGAGAUCAGAUAAUCUGGUACCGAUUUGGUUUUGGAUCCUCCAAUGGCCAGGUUCUCCAUUCCAAAAGAUUUGUCCACAUACUUUCCAUUUAAAAGUUUUUUUAGAGCAAGUAAAAAAUCGUUUUAUAAACCUUGAAAGUUCUAUGAAAACUUAAUAUCCGACUGAAUAAAAAUUUCCUUACAACAUAUCUGGCCCAUUUUAAAGAGCGGUGGUCAUAAAUCUUUUGUUUAUCCCGAAGCGUGAAAAAAAGGCGUUAUCCCGCUUUUAAUUCAAAAGACAUCGAGUUUUUCAGUGUAAUGACACACAACAGCGGACCAGAAAGUUUUUAACCUGCUCGUUUCAGUUAUGUUUUCCCUACAAUUAUAGAAUUUGAAAAUUCAGAUAUGUUAGAGUUUCGUGUGUGAGCUUUUAAAUUAGUCCAUGGUAUAAUUAUUGCAGGUGAUUUGACUCUAUAGUAAUACUAGUGUCAAAUCCGAAUUGACGUUUUGUGGUUUAAUUCCAUUUCUAGGUACACUUUUUUUCCAUAGGUAUACACUUUUUUAUAUAAAAUUUUACUGCAGUUCAAUGUGAACACAAUGUUAGCUAAAAAUAAAAAAAAUGCCAACGGCAAAUGUUUCGCGGUUAAGGAAGGAAGUCGGGUAUUUUAUGUUUUAUAAAUCUGAAAAAUGUAGAAAACUUUAUGUAUAUAUGCAGUUUGGUUUCAAUUUCAAAGGGGAUGUUGCCUUUUCCACAAUUUCCCAGCGAUUGCUUGAAGUUUUGAAAGAUUUGGACCUACAACUAAAAACUAUACAUUCACAGGAAUGAUAUGAAAGCAUUAAAAUCAAACAUUUUAGAACUAAAAGAACUGCAUUUUCAAUUUAAUAAUCCAAAUUCCAAACAUCAACAUUUUUAUACCCUCCACCAUUCUAUAGAGGGUAUAUUAGCUUUGUCAUUCCGUUUGUAACUCCUUGAAGUACUCAUAAUAGUCCCUACAAAAUAUAUUUAUUCUGGAUCAGCGUAAAAUUCUAAAACGAUCUAGCGAUGUCCGUCUGUCUGUCGUCUGUUGUAAUCAAGCUAUCUUUCGAGCGAAUUGAGAUAAAGGACUAAAAUGUUGCAUACAUGCAUAGUUUACCAGUAGGCAGGUUAAGUUCAUAAAUGGGAUAUGUCGGUCCACAUUUUCGUAUAGUCCCCAUAUAACGAUACCUCCCGAUAGUCGGUAUUUUGAUGAUUUCAGCAACAUUAUUUACCGGAAUCGUUUCAAAUUUCGUAUUUGAAGUUUGUAAUGGAUACUACAGCCUAUGGCAUACAUUUUUGUAUGCAGGUCCACGUCUUCGUAUAGCCCCCAUAUAACGGUAGCUCCCGAUAUUCGGUAUUUUGAUGAUUACAGCAACAUUAUUCACCGGAAUUGUUUCAAAUUUCGUAUUGGAAGAUCCUAAUGGGUACUACAACCUAUGUAAAAAAAUUUUGUAUGCAGGUCCACGUCUACGUAUAGCCCCCAUAUGACGGUACCUCCCAGUACUCGGUAUUUUCAUGAUUUUUGCGACAUUAUUCACCGGAAUUUUUAUCAAAUUUCGUAUUUAAAGCUCGCAAUGAGUACUACAGCCUAUGACAAAAAAAAGUCGUGUGCAGGUUCACGUUUAUCCCUCAUAUAACGGUACCUCCCGAUAUUCAAUAUUUCAAUGAUUUUAGCGACAUUAUUCACUGGAACUGUUUCAAAUGUCGUAUUAGAAGUUCGUAUAGUCCCCAUAUAAUGGUUUUCAAUUAAGUAAUAGUUUUAAUUUUUUUGUAAGUUCCUUGCAAAUGGUGGAGUGUAUUAAAAGUUCGGACCGGUCGAACUUGGUUGCUUUUUUACUUGUUGAAAUUAUAAUAAUUUAUUGAAAAUUAUUUGUUUUGUUUACAUAUUUGGGCAUAUACCUCGGUAUUACGUAGAAAAACAAAUUUCUGUGGGUAACACUUGCUGUUGCCUGUAUUCUACCGUGAAAUCAGUCGUUAAAAUUAUGGUACAAUAAACAGGUAAGGUAGAGCUAGCAGCUGUAAUUUUUUUCUAAGUGUGCCCAACUUCUGCCAAUUUUGUACAUGUAUUCAUUGUUUUGAAAAUACAAACAAAAUAUUUUUAAAAUCAAUUAUUAAAGAAACGCGCAUUGCAGAUAUUAACCAGUUUUGCCACAGAACUGAAAGAUUGAACAGUUUGGAGAACAUUUUUGAAAGAACAACCAGACAUCUCAUUCAUUUUUCGCGCUUUUUAACUCACUUAAAAAAUGAGAAAAAAAAAUAUGAAAUAAAUUAAAACAACUUGUUGCGCAUAAUUUUGAGUAAUUCUGAUAAGAAGCGGGCAUAGCCUCGGGGCUGUAUUUCUGUAAUUUUACAAAGCUGUUCUACCUCCUUAUUGUGCCAUGGUUAACAUAAACUUAUUAGAACAUUACAUAUGUGUAUGAACACUUUUAAAUUAUCCGAAAGGACCUGUAGGAUUAUUUUUUUUUAACAAAUUUACGACAAAAUUACAAUGAUAUAUUCAUAUCAUUGUAAUUUUGUUAAACCAGAAUUGUUAACAUAAAGUUUAAAUUACAGUUUCGUAGCACAGAAUUUGAAGCCCUGGCCUUAUCCUCGUCGGCUCUGGAUUACCUUAUAAUACUUGAGAGCUUAGACAAGCAUACAUAAUGUAACUUACAUGCAAGAGACAUCAGCCACUUGAUAUUUUUCUUUAUCUUUCCUAAGAAUCUAAGCAUCUCUCUUCAAAUACCUAAUGCUAGGUAGCACAUGAGACGACUAAUCAUUGUAAAAAAAACUACUAUCAAAACUUUUUAAGCAGAAAGUGUCAAUAAAUGUGAAGAAAAAGAAUGAUCCUAUAAAACGAAAAAAAAACUAAAAUGAAAUACUUUUUCACCGAAAACAAAAACACAUGUAUCAUACAUAAAUGCAAAACAAACAAACAAACGAAUCUUUCACUUUUUUUCUUAUACAUUUUUACAAUGCAUUAAGGAAACAUAAUUCACGCUCACUGCUUAGAUAUAAAUAAUCAUUGCAAAUAAAUUGAAAACAAAAAGAGAAAACAAAAAUCACUUAUACACCAGAUAUUUUAUUCUUAUAUGCAAACAUAUUCGUCUGUAGAAAAGCGAAAAUGUUUCGGGCAUUUGUACUCCUUGUUUUACUAACAUUUACAUGAUCUAAAAAAACAAUUUCUUUCUUUUAAAGUGCAACUUUAGUUGGGAAUUUUAGUUUUUCUUCUUUUGUAUUUUAUACAAAAACAAAAUAUAUAUAAAACAUUUUAUACUUCAGUAUAUCACUAUAUAUUUUAAAUUUCCUUCAAAAAAAUACAAUACACAAAAAGCAUUUAAUUUUUUAGUUAUAUGAAAGAAAUUAAAUCGUAUAUAAAAAACAAUUUGUUUAAAAAAAAAUAUAUCAUAAAACUUAGCUAAAAAACAUUAAGUUAUUUUUGUAUCAUUAUUAUUAUUAUAUUAUUAUAAAGAACAUUAUUAACGUUAUCAACAAUUUAAAAAAAAAAAACUUCAACAUGACAUUUACAUAUUUUAUUUACUUUUCAAAAUGAAUUUCUUCUGUAUAAAACUUAAAUGGUUUUUGUAGAGUUUCCACACUUCCAUUAACAAUAUUUGCCUCUUUUUCCUUUAUUCAUCCCUCCUCAUUCUAUUGCAUUAACACCAUCUGUGUCCACUUUAAUUCUUGUUUAAAUUUAAGUUUAAUGUUUUGUAUGUCCCUCCUUUUAUAUACAUAUUUAUAUUUGUUUUUGCUUAUUUUAUUAACUAACCAAACUUAAAAAUAUUCAAAAAAGGAAAAUAAUAACGCCAUUUGUAAAAACUUAAGUGAUAGCUAUUUAAAAAAAAAAAGAAAUACAUAUAUGUUUUGUUUAUUUAAUAAAAAGUCUUUCACCUUUCGCAAAAAAUCAAUCAACAUUUAAACUAAAACAAAAAUUUGAUUAGUAACGACGCGCAUUGAAUUACAAUUAAAAAUGAAACAUAAUUCAUAUAAAUUUUAAUACAUAAGCCCCACAAAAAAAAAUAAAAACAUCAAGAAACCCAAACAACAACCACAAACAAACAAUUAUAAACAUUUAUAUAAGAGAAACGUAAAUUGAAACAUAUAACUUAUAUAAAUAAUUAACACAAAGAUAAACAAGAUUAUAUAUUAAUAAAAAGAAAUAAAUAAUAAUUAAAACGUAAAUAUAAUAACAAUAUGAACACACAAAAAAUGAAUAAUUACAUUUUGAAGUAAAUAAAAAUACAAUUUAUAUAUCGGAA